CACCCAAGAAUGAGAUAACAUGUGUACCGAAGUUUUAAAGUGUAUUCAGUGCUGCGACUGCAGUUCUAUAAACAGUUGCUCAGUCACGCCCUUCGCGAUCAAGUCUGCAGCUAGUUUGCUGUAGUAUAGCUAUAAUAGUGUUGGUGCAAUGUUUCUCCAUCUCGCAGUUUUUCUGCCCUUCCUGUUAGUGGGAGCCAGGAGCAGUGUUUGCCUGCCCUACUGGUGGGUUGAUCCACAGUGUGUCACAGCCCACCCUCUGUGCAGCUCCGUGGAGCUGUAUGGAAAUCUGACACUGGAGGAAUCAGAAUCUCUGCUCAGAACACUCUUUAGUGACGCAAACAGUGCAGUGGAGAAUGGAGAAUUCACACCGCCGUGUGGAGGGUCUUUCCACUCCUCUACUGCCACCAGGUUACACGAGGUGCAGCAGUACUGCAGCAACAAACAGCUCAGAGGAAGAUGCAGUAUCUCUGUGUGAAGAUGACUGCUCUGAGGCUAUGUCAGAGUGCCAGCAAGACUGGCUGUUUCUCACCGACCUUGUUGAUUCAACGCCAGAUCUACCACCUCUUCCUGCAAACUGCUCUAAUAUGUUGGAAGUGGAGUGCGUCUCUAUCAAUGCAGGGGAUGACACAGUAAUGGAGGACUGUCUCCCAGACUCAUCUACUGAUACCCGCACUACCCUCAUCAUUAUAGUCAUCUGCCUGUGUCUUGGGAUCCCAAUUCUCCUGUGUGCAGUUCUACUGGUGGCCACGACCCUCUGCUACUGUAGAUCCAGUGAGCCGCCACGUGGAGAC